CAAAACCCCGAGUGAGGAAUCUCCCUCCUUGCUCGCAUCGACAUUUUUCGCUUUCAACUGCAGCACUGCGGCAAUGGCGGCUCCGGGAAGACGAGUUGUGGCGCUCGGUGGAAAAGGCUCUUCUCUUACAUCCUCCUCUGUGUUCGAGGUUGCUAACGGCGUUGCUCGCCUCAGCAUCGACUCCUCCGCCCUCUCCCGUCGCUCCUCCUCCGCUUCCAAUUCCAACGCAAACUUCCCAUUUUCAAUCCCCAAUUACUUCACCCCCGAGGAAGCUAGGGCUUCUUUGGUGCUCCUCUUAAAUAAGGUAUUACUUUCCUCCUCAUCUUCAGCCAGUUCUCAGCUCCUUGAAAUCCUCGAGCAAGAUGUUCUCAGUUCAGAUUUCACACUGAACGACGUUGCCUCAGAUGAUUUGGCUCUGUUCGAUUACUCUGUUGCUGCUAUUGAUGGCGUUGCUGCCAUUCUGGAUCAUUGCUCUUCUGCGUUGUCCUCCGUCUCUGACGCCGUUGCAGCCCUCUCAUGUGAGGCUUUGCGAGCUGAUGUAUCGCCAUUCAAUAUGAUGGAUUCCGGAGAUGGUUCAUCUGCCAAGGACGCCGUUGCUGUAGCCGCUGAUUUUAAAGUGUUUUUUAACGGUUCAAAGUUGGUUAAUACGGGCAAAAAGCUUUUGGACCCUUCAGUUGCAGAGAUUCCUUCAGUUCACGGCAAUUUCAGGGAGAUUUCUCGGUCGCUCCACUCAAAAACUAGGGUUCAGUUGAAUUCCGGGUUUAGAGCUGGCUCAGCGAAGGACAUGUCAACUGCAUUGUCUUCUCUCGUUCUGUCUCUGUCGAAUUUGGGGGAUCUUAGUGUUCAUCGAGUCCAGCUCCUUAUUGCCAAUUCAAUUUCUGAUAUGGAGUUGCGUUCCCGUUUGUCAGAAACGUUGGUGGCUAAAUGCCCACGUGCUGAUUCGUUGGAACAGCUGUGUGCAUCUUCGCAAGAUGCUCUUAGAAAGAAGGAUUACCUUUUGUUCAUGCACAACGUUUAUGAAUUACUGGAUAUGGUGAGGAAGAUGAUUUCUUGGGAGGCCAUAGCUGCUUUUGUUUCACUUGAAGGAAGUGAGAUUUUUGGUGAAAAAAUUCAAGGAAACAAUGGGAGCGUGAGUGAGCCUUCAAGUGGGGAUACUGUUAAAAUUGAUAAGAAGAGUGAAAAGAAAAAGAAGGUGGUUUUGGGGAAAGGAACUACUGGUCUUAUGCAGUUUAUCAAGGACAGGUUGCUGGGCGCAGGGGCAAAAGCCAACUUGGAAAAAUUGACUCAGGAUUUCCUUUUCUUGCUGGACCCAAGGGGUCUGGGUUUUGAUGAUCUCCUAGCGAAAGUGAAAGAGAUUGUCGAAAGCAAUGAAAGUAGAAGGCUUCCCAAGCUCCCAAAGGGUACUCGUGACUUUGCAAAAGAGCAGAUGGCGGUCAGAGAGAAAGCUUUUGCAAUUAUAGUCGAGGUUUUCAAAAGGCACGGUGCCAUGGCUUUAGAUACGCCUGCCUUUGAGUUGAGGGAGACUCUUAUGGGAAAGUAUGGGGAAGACUCAAAGUUGAUCUAUGACCUUGCUGACCAGGGUGGAGAACUCUGUUCACUCCGUUAUGAUCUGACAGUGCCUUUUGCUCGAUAUGUAGCUAUGAAUGGUCUCACAUCAUUCAAAAGGUAUCAGAUAGCAAAAGUGUACCGAAGGGACAACCCUUCUAAGGGACGCUACCGUGAAUUCUAUCAGUGUGACUUUGACAUCGCUGGUCAAUUUGAGAAAAUGGGCCCAGACUUUGAGGUCAUAAAAAUCUUGACAGAAUUGCUUGAUGAGCUUGAUAUUGGAGAUUAUGAGGUGAAGCUGAAUCACCGGAAGUUACUGGAUGGAAUGCUGGCUAUUUGUGGGGUGCCACAAGAAAAAUUUAGAACUAUUUGUUCGAGUAUCGACAAGUUAGACAAGCAAACGUUUGAGCAGAUUAAAAAGGAAAUGGUAGAAGAAAAAGGUUUAACUGAGGAGACCGCAGAUAAAAUUGGAACUUUUGUUAAAGAAAGAGGAUCUCCUGUGGAUUUACUGUCCAAGUUAAAACAGGAAGGAAGCGAGUUCUUGACGAACAGUGAAGCCGAGCUUGCAUUGAAUGAAUUGGAGAUUUUAUUUGGAGCUCUGGCAAAGUCCAAGUGUAUCAACAAAGUAGUUUUUGAUUUGAGUCUUGCAAGAGGUCUGGAUUACUACACUGGAGUCAUAUUUGAAGCUGUUUUUAAAGGGGCUACGCAGGUUGGUUCAAUUGCUGCUGGUGGACGCUAUGACAAUCUCAUAGGGAUGUUCGGAACAAAGCAAGUUCCUGCAGUUGGAAUCAGCUUAGGUAUAGAGAGAGUAUUUGCGAUAAUGGAGCAGCUCCAAAAGGAUAAGAACCAGGAAAUACGAGCAACUGAAACUCAGAUCCUAGUGAGCAUCCUAGGCGAUGAUCUAUCAUUAGGUGCGGAGAUUGUGAGUGAAUUGUGGGGUGCCAAGCUCAAAGCUGAGUUUAUGGUUAAUAAGAGAGUGAUCAAGCAUAUUGACCGUGCCAGAGGGUCCAAGAUCCCCUAUAUGGUGAUUGUAGGAGACCACGAACUGAACAAAGGGAUCGUAAAACUAAAAGAUGUUAUGGCUGCAGUUGAGUAUGAGGUUCCGAGAAGUGGACUUGUGGAGGACCUCCAGACACGGUUGAACAGCACAUCACCUUAAUACUGGAGUACGAGUUGCCAAAUGAAAUUGUGAAUUAGGCCUCUUCUGAGCUACAAUCCGCUUAUGUGCAUAGUGCACUACAUCAAGCCACUAUACUUCUUCCUCACUCACUCUCAACUUUUUCCCUGAUAGUAUGGAAAUAGGGUGGCAAUGAAAAGAAGUCCCCCUAAGCAGAUUUUUGUUCCCAUUAACAAAGUAUAAUUGAUUUUCAAUGCUUUCUGAAGAGUCCAGAGAUUUUCUCUGGAUAGCUUUGGAUAUGUAUAAGUGUGCAUCUUGUACUCAUAUUCAUGUUGUGAAAAGGGAUUUCGGACAUGUCUUACAAGAAUUUUACAGAUAUAUGUCCUAUUUUUUGGUA